ACCAAAACGGAAGCUCGCAAGUCUCGAGAGCGGAAAGUCGGGACCUUGCAAGAUUAUUGUCCACAGAUGAUGGAUUGAGCGGACACGUUCGCGCAGUGCAAUCUUGCAAUGCGGGUCGCACAAGGCUGUCAUGAGAGACGAGUAUGUUGGCGGUUAUUGGCAUGCAAAGAACAAUAGUUCUGUAAGAUCAUGGGGCAAGUCCUUGUGAACAAAUGAUGGUAUAAAAGCACCUUGCGCAUCGAAUACGAACAGCAGCUCUUACAAGCACACUUCUCAGCCUCAACAACAAGAUGAAGUACGCUCUCUCCCUCACGAUUGCCGGAGCGCUUCUUGCGCAGGGAGCCUCCGCACUCUGGCUCCUGCCUACGGCCCGCAACUUUAUCUACAUUGUGCCUGAUGGCUAUGGCCCAGCUUCGCAAACUAUGGCCCGGGACUAUGUCUCUUUGCUUCAAAACGGCGAGAACCCUAAGGCACCAGUUUCGAUUCAGCUUCCUGCAGACCAGAUGGUCAUUGGCAACGUCAGGACACAAGCAAGCGACAACUUGAUCACCGAUUCUGCGGCUAGUGCAACGGCGUUUGGUUGCGGUGUCAAGACAUACAACAAUGCUAUCGCUGUAGACGAUGACGGUCAACCCGUCGGCUCAAUCCUCGAAGCUGCCAAGCUAGAAGGCUUCAAGACCGGCCUCGUCGUAACCUCAACCAUUAACCACGCCACUCCUGCUUGCUACGCCGCUCACGUUGCCGAUCGGAACUCCUACGAGAAGAUCGCUGAGCACGAGAUUGGGUACUCUCACCCACUUGGUCCGCAAGUCGACAUCCUCAUGGGCGGUGGACGCUGCUACUUCAAGCCCAAGUCCGAUCCCACGUCUUGCCGCAAAGAUGACAUUGAUCUUUUCGGCUAUGCAAAGGAGAAGGGGUAUCGCGUUAUGCAGGACCGCAAGGCGUUCGAUGAGUUAAAAAAGGGUACUGCAAAGGCGGCUGAUUUGCCUUAUAUUGGGCUAUUUAAUGACGAUCAGAUGAUGUAUGAGAUCGAUCGUCAGCAGAACCCACAACAAGAGCCUUCCCUCCUGGAGAUGGUGGAGACAGCGCUGACCUCCCUCGAUCGUGCGACGAAGUGGGGUUUCAAGGGUUACUUCCUUAUGAUCGAGGCAAGUCGUAUCGACCACGCUGGACACGCCAACGAUCCUGUUGGACAUCUGCACGACACCAUCAUGUAUAACGAUGUCAUGAAGUACGUCCGCGAGUGGAUCGACAAACACCCUGACACCAUGAUGCUAUCUGCCGCCGACCACGAAUGCGGCGGUCUGACUCUGAAUGGGUUCAACCCGCUUCCCCUCAAGGGUGCUAGCAUGACGACCGAGCACGCUGAAUUGCUUUGGAAGAAUUACAAUGGUACGGACAAGCGCGCGUACCUCAAGUCCACCAUCCUCCCUGGUUACGGACUCGGUGACUUGAGCGAGACGGAAGUCGACACUAUUCUUAAGAACAACAAACUCGCUUCCGAUCUUUCGAGCCGCUUGAGUAAGAAGGCGGGCGUCAAUUGGUCUACCGGUGGGCAUACGGCGAGCGAUAUUACGUUGUUUGGGUAUGGUUCUGGAUGGCGCGGAGGGAACUUGAGGGCGGACAUGGCAGGCAAUUGGGAUAACACGCAGUUGCCGGGGUAUAUUGAGGGAGUGCUGAAAGUCAAGAUGAGUAAGGUUACGGAGAAGUUGAGGAAGGCGGGGAAUGCGUGGGUUGGCAAGCGGGAUCUCGAUAGUCAUGGGCAUGUGCACAAGCACUAGCUUCCUGUAUACUAAUGUACGCGAUCGCUUUCAGAAUGUUCA